AUGUUUAAACCAUUCCGGCCUCCACUUUUGAAGAAUGCGCCAAAAUCUACUAAGCCCGUAGAUGAUUUCUCCAACGUCCAGGUCAUAUCGGAUUCUGAAGAGGAAAUCUUGACCAAACCAGUGGCAAAGAAGAGGCGACUUCUGAUACAUGAUGUCGAAGAAGCUCCAAAGAGUAAAGCCCCAAUUACAUCUUCGGCUGCCAAUGCGCCUCGGAAACCUUUGGUUGUCGUAAGAAACCCCGUUGAAGCAAGUCAAGGCACUAGUUCGUCUGAAAAUACAUCCGGGAUCGACGGAUAUUAUUUGGUAUUAUGGCGCAAAUUCACGAUGAAAAAGCACAAGACGUGGGAUGGAGAUGGAGUACUAGCCGUUACUGGAGGUUACGCUCGGCUUCAGAAUAUCGAUGGCAGGGAGAUGGGGCGCUGCAUGUAUAAUGAGCCUCUAUUACCCGGCAGUACAUUGAGUAUUGGGGGAAAAGAAGUAGAGAUUGAUGCUACCAUUACAAAGGCAGAUUUUCUUGCUGGCCGACCAUUUCUCAAUAACAGCAAUAAAUCUCCUGUACCAGAGAGCAACAGUCCAGGCACACGACCCUCGCCUCAUACUACAUUAUCUAGUAUCUCGAAAAGUAACCCUGUGAGCACAGUUGGGAAGAGGAAAGACAGUGGCUUAGGUUCAACUAUACCCGCUAAAAGCUUCUAUGCAUCUGCCCCAAAGAGCGAUGCAGUCAAGUCUCAAUUUAAGAAUCCUCUACUAGCAACAACUGUCAUGCCACAGAACAAGAACGGUCUUCCGACUCCCCGUCAUGAUCCUUCUGUACCUGGUGCAAUCGUCAUGCAACGUCCCAAUCCCAAGCACCUUGCUAAAGGAAAGGAUGUUGUGGAUGUUGUCGUGGAUCCUUUCUUAGGUAGGCAUUUACGCGACCAUCAAAAGGAGGGAGUUAAAUUUUUGUAUGAGUGUGUCAUGGGUUACCGAUCUUUCAAUGGACAGGGUGCAAUUUUAGCUGAUGAGAUGGGUCUGGGAAAGACGCUGCAGACAAUUGCGCUCUUAUGGACACUAUUGAAGCAAAAUCCGGAGCAUCCAAACGAGGGAGGCGUCAUAAAGAAGGCUCUGAUAGUCUGUCCAGUCACUCUUAUUGCGAACUGGAAAGCAGAAUUUAAUAAGUGGCUCGGGAAUGAGAGAAUAGGAGUGUUUGUCGCUGAUGGCUCUAAAAAUAUUCGACUCACCGAUUUUACUCAUGGCAAGAGUUAUAGCGUCAUGAUCAUUGGAUACGAAAAGCUACGUACAGUACAGGAAGAACUGAAGAAAGGAGGCGGAAUAGAUAUAGUCGUUGCUGAUGAAGGACAUCGCCUAAAAACAGCUGCGAACAAAUCAGCGCAGGCAAUCAGGAAUCUGAAUACCGAGAGGCGAGUAAUCCUCUCUGGAACCCCAAUACAAAAUGACUUGUCGGAGUUCUUUACAAUGGUGGACUUUGUGAAUCCCGGCCUCCUCAAUGGCUACAAUACUUUCAAGAAAUGUUUUGAGGCUCCAAUCUUGAAAAGCAGGCAGCCAGGUGCUACAGAGAAUGAUAUGGAAAAGGGAACGGCCCGAGAAGAGGAAUUGGCAGACUUGACCAAGUUGUUCAUUUUACGCCGCAAUGCGAGUAUACUCGCCAAAUACUUAAAGCCAAAGACAGAAUAUGUACUAUUCUGCAAGCCCACGCAGGCCCAGGCUGAGGUCUAUCAGCAUGUUCUUGCCUCCCCGGUCUUCGGCAGAGUCCUUGGCAGCUCAGAAGCAUCUUUACAGCUUAUUACUAUGCUCAAGAAAGUCUGUAACGCCCCGAGUCUCUUAGUCAAGAAGAGCGACACAGAUACUCCUAGCAAUUCAAAUGUCGCCCAACUUCUUGAAAGCAUCCCUCCUGAAAUCCUGAAGAAAAAUAUUGUUGUGGCAAGCAUUCUUGUAUCCAACUAUACGUCUACUCUCGACCUACUAAUGUCUCACCUUUCGUCAUUGAAUUUGCCAUUCUUGCGCCUCGAUGGUAGCACUCCUCAGGCAAAACGGCAGGAUUUGGUGAACACAUUCAACAAGACACCUGCAUCUAAAUACUUUGCAUUCCUCCUUUCAGCAAAAUCUGGCGGUGCUGGUAUUAACUUGAUCGGGGCAUCGCGCCUCGUGUUGUUUGACGUUGAUUGGAACCCUGCAACUGACCUUCAAGCCAUGGCACGUAUUCACCGUGAUGGCCAGAAACGAUCAGUAAAGAUAUAUAGGUUUUUGAUGUCAGGAGGCAUGGAUGAAAAAAUUUAUCAACGACAAGUCACCAAGAUCGGACUCGCUGACAGUGUCAUGGAUGGCAAAAAGAACGAGGCGAGUUUCUCAGCCGAUGAGUUACGAGAUCUCUUUAGAUUAGACAUGAAUGCGCGAUGCCAAACUCACGAACUACUUGGUUGCGGCUGUGAAGGUUCUGGUCGCGAGGAGUCGAUUGCAAUGGCCUCUGAAAUCUCGGUGGUUGACAAGGAACUGAACGCCAGUGAAGAAGAUGAAGACGAUGAUGACGAAUUUCCUGUAAAUCCAGCAUGUUCACUGGUAACAGCUACCAGAGCAAAUGUAGAAGCUCAGCAAAAGAUUGCUUUGGAAGCCACUCAAGGAAAACGGUCCAAGAAGGGCAAGAAGAUGCAAGCUUUGAUGGAGUAUAGACACAUUGAUACUUCCAUAUUCACCAGUCCGGCGAACCUCACUCCUAGUGAGGUCGACCAGGUGAAACAGUCACUAGAUGAUGAAGUCUUACUUACGGUUCUAGAGGAUGAAAGAUGUAAAGUUUGCUUUGUUUUUGCUAAAAAAGGAUAG